AUGAAGAUUGCAACUCUCGUACUCCUUUGGGCUACCUCCGCCGCUGCCUGGGAAUGCAGAAACAGAUCUGAGAAGUUCAGGUCCGACAAGGCUGCCGUUACUAAGCAGGGUACCCAGGAGAAAAGCUGGACCUACUGCCCUGAGGCUGCUGGGUGCUGCACGGAUGGAAACGUGUGGUAUGCCUGCAAAAACACAUGCCCAGGUGGUAGGAACUGCGCCAGCGGUUGCUAA